AGUGUUGACAUAUUGCCAGUGUAGAAAAGCGUGACUGGUGUACGAUGUCGGGAAGUAUGAGGGUUGGUGUCGGGAAGAUGACACGAUCUCCGAUUUACAGAUCAUACAGCUAUCUGAAACGUCUAUAUUGUGAAAAGCUACAAUCUGCAAAUCAAAGAAAGUUCUGCGAUGACAAGCAGACAGCACAUACAUUCCCAAGGGACCAAACAUUGCCAAUGUUGAAUGAAAAUCAUAGAAGUAAUAUAUUAUCCAUCAUUAAUGAUCUUCCAGAGAAACAAUUUCGCUCACUGAAAGAGAUGCAAACUAAGCAAUCUUUGGCAGAAAAUAUUCUGAAAUUUCGCUUCAAGAAUGGCAAGAUUUCCGAUGUGAAUGAAUUAAUAAAAAACAAUGUUGCCAGUUUUGAAUGUCUUCAAAAUGUAUGUACAGAGCUGCAGUCUUUGGAACUUUUACAUCAAGACUUCUGUUAUCCUGGAUUGUUACGGAGGCAAAUUGAGAAUCUUCAAAGCAUAGUUGUGAUUGAUAUUGAAACCCUGAGGUCAGUCAGUUGGAUCAAAGUGAAUCGGCAGCUAGAAGUGGAAGAUUGGAGUCAUGCCAUGUUGAUUGAAAAUCCCAACAUAAAAAUAUCUGACCAUGUGUUCCACCAUAAUGUGGCAAAAGCAGCAGUGUCCAGAAUUCCUAAAGGCUGUAUUUAUAUUGUGAGAGACACCAGUCUCCAGUUCAGAAAUGACAAGCUGGUCAAGGCCAAAGAUGAGCUGCAUUAUAGGGUGAUGCAUUCAGUUUUCAUGACUGUUUUAAAGUCAAGUCUAGAGGAGAAGGAUUCGGAUGUGUAUGUUGUAGAUAUGAAGAAGAUACCUGACAUUUAUGAUACUUUAGUUGUAAAAUAUUUUGACAUUACACAUGUAAAUAACUACAAAUUAUUAAAGGAUGUGAGGAAAAAUCCAGAUUUGUUUAGAAUACAGAUGACAUCUUUCCCAAAUAUACAUCACCUAUUACAUGACCAGUAUGCAUGUGUUGCUCUCUUAGCCAAUUCCUUUUGCAAACUAGUCCUGUGUAACUGGUAGGGUCUGUCCAGUGCGUACAAACUAGUCCUGUGUAACUGGUAGGGUCUGUCCGGUACGUACAAACUAGUCCUGUGUAACUGGUAGGGUCUGUCCGGUACGUACAAACUAGUCCUGUGUAACUGGUAGGGUCUGUCCGGUACGUACAAACUAACUAAUUUGAUAUGACAAUAAUUUGCACAAAUCUGAAUGAAAGUUCAAGUGUUAUAAUUCUGAAUACUAAAUUUAUACUAAAAGUAGUAUUCACAGAGUUAAGAAGUUGAUGCUUCAAAGUCGGAGUGAAAUAUGAAAAUUCUCCGAAAUGUGCCGCUUUUUUAUGCAUUACCCAUGGAUUUACCAGCUUGGGAUUUAAUUCUAAAAACUGUUCUAUGAAUUAAUCAUUACUUAGCAAUAAUCAAUAGUUAUUGAGUAUUAUCUGAUGCGAGUAUUAUCUUAUUUGAUAGUUAUCAGUAGAAUUUACCUGUUAUUUACCUGUACAGCAUUU